AUGGGGAUACUUGAAACAGGUGCUAGAAGCUUUAUGUUUCCCUAUCAAUUUGUUCAAUGGAUCAUGGAAUACAUCUACACUGUUAACUACUCUAUCAUGAUAAAUGGGGAACCCUCUGAACCAUGGGAUGCUGCUAGAGGAUUAAGACAGGGGGACCCCAUAUCCCCCUAUCUAUGUGCAAUUUCCAUAGAGUACUUGAGUCCGUGCUUAGGAGAAUUGAUGGACUGCAAGAAAUUCAAAUUUCAUCCUAAAUGUGCAAGAAAUGGAGUUACACACCUAUGUUUCGCUGAUGAUCUUUUGUUGUUUACAAGGGGGGAUCUAGACUCUGUUUCUGCUAUUUUUGACAAAUUCCAAAGCUUCUCACAAGCAUCAGGAUUACAGGCAAACAGAGGCAAAAGUAAUAUGUACUUUGGAGGGGUAACGUAG